GGCGGUGGCGGGGGGCGCAGGGGGGAGGUCCCUUUGAGCUCUACCCCAGCCCUAUAAAAGCGCACGCUCCUCCGCUCCCAAUCUGGGCUCCAGCGGUGCUGACCGGACCUCUGCUCCUUCUCCCUUCAAUUCUAACUCCAGAAGACAAAAGUUAAUCUCCACCAAUGGACUAUAGAAAUGCACCUGAGAAAUGCAAGGAGCUCCCUGUGUCCUGCUCCGUCUCCAAAUCUCUGCCAUCGUCUGUAUCUGGUACUGACUCCUUGACUGAGCAGCGGACUGGGACCACCCUGGGGAGACCAGCAGCUGCAAACGCUGCCCGAGAGCGGAGCCGAGUGCAGACUCUGCGCCAUGCCUUCUUGGAGCUUCAGAGAACGCUGCCGUCUGUGCCUCCUGACACAAAACUGUCCAAGUUGGAUGUCCUUCUCCUGGCCACCACCUAUAUCGCUCACCUCACCCGUAGCCUACAGGAUGAAGACGAUAUGCCAGGAGAGGGCUUGGGCUCAUUGAGAGGGGAUGGCUACCUGCAUCCGGUUAAGAAAUGGCCAAUGCGAUCACGACUAUACAUUGGAGCCUCCGGACAGUUUUUGAGUCAUUCAGCGCAAACAGAAAGCACAAAUCAAGGAGAAACCUCAACCAAUGUACAAAUGUAAACCCGUGUUUUCUCUUGAAAAUAGUUAUUUAUUAUCCCCGAUAUAUUUAAAUUCAUAUACAUCCUCCAACAAUUAUGCCAUUUCCCCCAUUCCUAGGUUGAGCUGAUGCUAUCUGAAAUAAGGUGGUGUCCUGAAACUUAAGAAUGGCUCAGAUAUUAGAUUUUUUUCACAUCCAGAAAGUCUGUUCAGAUAAACAGUAUAGUGAUGUCCUUUUGUUUCAUCAAUAUUUGCAGUUUCCAAAAUGGCAAAAUAUAUUCUUAAUUAUUGCCCCAGAUGAGAUCCAUACAUUCCUAGCUCAUAAUACAUUGUGCUAUUCUUGCUGCAAGAGACCUAAGCUGCUUUUCCUCAAUAAACAUUUACCACUAGAUAUUUCUCUUGAAUGAACUUAUCUGCCUCUUUUCUCUGAUAAAGUGAAUGUGUGUUAAUAGUUGCAUGAAAAUAUGUGCAGCAUUUUAAACUAUUUGAGCAGCUUUGUAGAUUGAAUUUAGCAAUAAUAUGCCAGGCUGUAUAAUUUAAUAUCAUUUGUACUUCCCCUUUGCCUUCUGUACUCUAAACUUGGGGGUGGAGGAGGGAGGGAGAGCCUAUUUUUAUGCUACAACUUGUGUAUAAUAUGCUUUAUUGGGUGAAAUCCUUAUUGCAGAAAAUGAAUCUUGCAUGUUUGCUUCGUUCGGUUGAAACAUUUGCAUGUUUUUAGAAUUGAAAGUGCAGUGAGAUAUUCAUCCAGUCAUCUUCUCUUAUGCAUGUAUGUGCUAUACAUGAUUUAUCAGAAUUAUGGAAUAUAUGAGAUUUAUAUUAAAUACUUUGAAAAACAUGUUGAUUUGUCAAAAUCUUAGAAAAGCUAAAGGGUCCCAAGAAACCAGGAGAAUUGAAAAAUAGGUAAAAGGGACAUGUGGAAACAUCCUCUGAGUGUUUGUUGUUAUAAAUAACAUAGUAAUAAAAUACUUUGACUAUGUUUUAAUGGUUUUUAACUGGGAUUUUUAAAAAAUACUGUUUAUAUUUAAUCCUGUUUUAAUGUUGGCAUAUUGAUAUAUUUUAAAUUGUAUGCUAAUGCUUUUAUGUAAGGCCGCUUUGAGUCUCCUUUGGGAAAGAUAAAGUGGGAUAUAAUAAUAACAAUAACAACAACAAUAAUAAUGUGCCUUUUGGUUGACUCCAAGCUAUGACAACCCCAUUAUAGGGUUUUCUUGGCAAGAUUUAUUGCGAGGGGAUUUGCCAUUGCCUUUAUCUGUGAAAGUGUGACUAGUGGGUUUCUAUGGUCAAAUGAAGAAUUGGAUGCUGGUUUCUUAGAGUCUUAGGUCAACACUUAAGCCACUACACCACACUGUCUACUCUUCUUUGUAUAUGGCAUGCAAUUAAUCCCCAUUUCUUUGUAUAUGGCAUGUCGUUCAUCCCCAUUAAAGCAUAAUGACAACUA